UCGCUGCUGCACUGUUAUGUUGUUUCAAGAUGGCCGCGCCAUUGACAAACUUAUGGAAAUCAAGAUUUGCAACCAUAAAUCCACUUCUACGCAUAUGCAAGGGAAUGGGAUACAGCUAUAGGUGCUAUAGUUUUGCAAAGCAAUCAAUAGCACGUAUGCUCGAAAAGUCACUGAUUCAAGACAAUGUCAAAGUUAAGGGAUGGGUCCGAGCACUACGUGGACAUCGUGAUGUCAUCUUCUUGCAUGUCUCAGAUGGCUCCUGUGUCAAACCACUCCAGGUUGUGGCAGAUCCAAGUCUUUGUGGCAGUGAUGUGACCUAUGGGUGCUGUGUGUCCGUGGAGGGCAGACUGGUUGAGAGCUCACAUCCAGGGCAGAUGGUGGAGGUGGCAGCACACAGACUGCAAGUUUUGGGACCUUGUGAUCCUGUGGAAUUUCCCUUCAAAGCGAGGAAGAAGCACUCUGCAGAUUACAUCCGCACAUAUCCCCAUCUCCGACCACGCACAAACACCUUCAGUUCAUUGUUGAGGAUCAGGAGUCAAGCCACCAUGGCCUUCCACAAAUACUUCCAGGAAAAUGGCUUCUGUCAGAUCCACACGCCCAUCUUGACAUCCAGUGACUGUGAGGGAGCAGGCGAGGUCUUCUGCGUGGAACCUGCCAACUCUCAGCUGACACAACCAGUGGAAGGAGACCGUGAGGCCAAUCACUUCUUUAAAUGUCCAACAUACUUGAACGUAUCUGGCCAGCUGCACCUGGAGGUGAUGUCAGGGGGCUUUUCCAGAGUUUACACGUUUGGUCCAACGUUCAGAGCAGAAAACUCACGUGGACGCCACCAUUUGUGUGAAUUCUACAUGAUCGAAGCUGAGUUGGUGUUCACAGACACCUUGGAGGAUAUCAUGCAGGUGAUGGAGGAGAUGGUGAGGACGACGACGCAGACAGUGAUGGAGUCAGCUCAGGAAGAUGUUCAUUACUACCUGCAGAAUACAGGCGCCGAGAAGCAAAGGGAGACUGUGGAGGCAAUGGCAACACAGCAGUUCAAGCGGAUCACCUACACUGAAGCCAUUUCUCUCCUACAUGCCAAUAACAACUUCCAGUUUAAGGUGCAGUGGGGCGCUGAUCUGCAGAAGGAGCACGAGCGAUGGCUGACUCAGCACCUGGGUGAUGUUCCUGUGUUUGUGACAGACUUCCCUGCGCAGCUCAAACCGUUCUACACCAAACUCAACCCAGACAACAAAACUGUGGGUGCGGUCGACCUGUUGGUUCCUGGAGUGGGUGAGCUCAUAGGUGGCAGUCUGAGGGAGGACAAUUAUGAUACUCUGCACUCACGACUUGAAGCCGCAGGAGAACAAGACAUGUAUGACUGGUACCUGGACUUGAGGAAGUACGGCUCGGCUCCUCAUGGCGGCUUUGGCCUCGGGUUUGAGAGAUACCUGCAGCAUCUGUUAGGGACAGGCAACAUCCGUGAUGUCAUUCCCUUCCCACGCUCACCAGGGACCUGCAAGCUGUAGUUGACCUGUCACCAUCGACGUACUGCCACGUGUUACCACCCAAUAACAACCAAAGAUCAACACACUGCCAUGUGACACUGUAACGCAAGCUCCUCACAGCGAUAUCCCUUUCGCAGAACUCUCUAUGCUAGGUGGCUACAACCAUGCUCGGAGUUGAACUCGCAACCGACUGACCCUUAUGUUUACAAACAAGUGUUUACAAACAAGUGAUGACUGCUGUAACGUGGAAUACUCUUAGUAAGAAUGUUAGGGGGAAGUUGGUUGAUUUGUCUGUUUGUCUGUUUGUCUGCAAUCUCGAACCAAUCUGAUCAAACAAACACACAAAAAAGGUAAAUUCAUCUGGGAAAUACUGUCAGUCAUAAACCUUUUCAACAUUCACUAUCAUGGCAUUCCCAAAGACAUAAAGAAGAGUAUAAACGUUACUACGUUGUGGAGUUAGAGUUGUAAUGGUCCUGCCCUGCCCUGCCCUGCCCUGCCCACACUGGUGGCAGCGAUGUCACCGGGAGUGUAAGGAAGGUGUCACAUGUUGGGAAGGAGCUUGACUGAAACAUAGUGGGGUAAUGUGUGAGAGAUUCCUAGUGUGAUUUCCAUGUACUCUGUCUGUAAUUAGGGACAAGUCAUGUGACAGUUGUGUAUAUGGAACAUAGGCAGGUAGAGUGUACUAGUUGAGGGGACUGCUGGCUGAACAGUGAGCACACUAAAGACUUCAGGGGAUCCAGUGUUCAAUGUGCUGCAUUUUACUGUGCAGAGUUGCUUCCCUUAGUCACUCACACCUAACCCUACUUGUGUAGGCAGUUCCUGGGUGUAGAAGUGGACUGCCAGAUGGAGAUCUACUUAAUGCAUGUGAUGAAGCCCUCAUGUUCUGAAGUUUGGACAGACACAGAGCUGGAAAUGCUUUGUUGAUGAAGCACCUGGGUUUUGCCUGUUUUAAAUCCCAUACAUAGAGUAAUGGUAUUCACAGGUCUAAGAUAGGCCAUCUCAGUAAACUGCAGAUUGAUCCCUGUCAGACGACACUACAUAUUUUUAUUGGUUUAGAAUGAAAAUGAACAGAUCUAAAAAAUGAAAAAGUAUAGUUUAAUAGCAUAUGUACAAAAUAUACAAAUGAGUCUCUAAUAUGAAAAUGUUUAGUUGAAAACAUUGUUUGAUAAUUUCAUUUCACAAAAUGUUUCCUUGUUUUGCUUUAGAUGUUCACAACACGUGUGCAUAUAUUCCCACAUCACACUGAGAACAGAUCCAAUGUUUUAGAGGUGAUUGUUGCCCACGUGACACAUCUGUGUCCACUCAACAGGAUGUGUUAACCAAAACAAACAUGCUGCUGUACAAUAAACUUGUGUAUAUGUC